AUGCCGUCUCCAUCACCCCCAAAGGCUCGUGGAGGGAGAGCACGCAUCUGUGUGCAUUGCGGUCGGAACUUCCGCCGCACUGAGCAUUUGGAGCGACACAUUCGAACUCACACCAAGGAGAAGCCGUUCAUUUGCUUCUGUGGGGCUGCCUUCACUAGGAGGGAUCUACUCAAGCGUCACACGCGCAUCUCCCACCAAGAUGGCCUGACCUCGCCCACCGCGCCCGAGCCAACGCCAAAGACCGAUUUCCAGCCUACACCUCACCCUGCAGCAAUCCCGUCGCAAUAUGACACACCAGCGAGAUCGGCUGUGCCCCUUGCAGGACCAUCUGCCGUGCACCAAUGGACUGGCCCUCAGAACAUGCCUUAUUUAGACCAGAGCCACUCGGCGGGCAUGCUGCCUGCGGCCGCUACUGCGCCUCCCAAUGCUGGCCUGGCGCCUCAUUCGGCCAUGGUCCCUGAUGCGGACAUGCUGCAAGCCGCUCAGCUGCUGCUUCCCGGUGACUACCGCGCUACCGCACAACCGAUGCCAUACUUACCGGAAGAUCUAAACCAUUUCCAGGAAUUCUCACACUUCUUGGACUCCAUCGGCUUGCCGGGAGAAUGGCUUCCCAGCGAAGGUGAAACAUCUCAGACACAAGAGGGCCUGGAAAACCUCCACAGUCAAAGCCGACCGGCCCAAGAGCAGGAGUCGGAGCGACGCCGACGGAGCGGAGAGGGCUCUCGGGGAGACUCGCCAUUCAGAUCCUGGCUACCGUCUGUUCCGAGGGGGGAUCAAAGCCUGGGGAAUCUUUCUGAUUCGGAGCCCCCCCAAAACGCGAAGAGGAUCUCGCGAUUCAAUGUCACCGAGGACCAACGAUUUCGGCUGGCGGCCUCCCUGGAAGAGUUUCGCAACGUGAUACCGGACUUUGUACUGCCUUCACGGCAUACAUUAACUCGGUAUCUCACCUCUUAUUUCGAAGGGUUCCAGCCUCAUCUCCCAUUCAUGCAUAUGCCGACAUUCAAUAUCGCAGAGCGCGCCCCUGAGGUGGUUCUCGCUAUCAUGACGAUCGGCGCUCAGUAUCGAUUCGAACAUCAAAACGCAGAGAGGAUAUUCCAUGUCUCCAAAGCGAUUCUCUUUGAGCGUAUGUCCAGGGAGCCCCGCAUCCCAGCCAAGCCUGCAUACAGCGCGGCAUCUCAAGUUCCGCUCGGGAUAUCUCCAUAUUCCAAUUUCGGAGAUCAGUCCCUCACACAGCCUCAAGUAGCAGCGGAGAGGACCGCUGCGUGGAAACAGAUUGAAAUAACUCGCUGUCUUCUCAUCUUGAUGGGAUAUUCCACAUGGGAGAAUUCAAGACUGGUACAAGAAGCGUUCCAUAUUCAGGGCCUGCUGGUGCGGCAAUUGCGCGAGGGUGGGUUGACAGAAGACACCAGUCGCUCUGAUCCCCGCGCACCCCUUGAUUGGCAUGAAUGGGCAGAUCAAGAAUCGAAUCGGCGGACCAAACUGAUCGCAUUCUGCUUCAUUCAUGUCCAUAGCAUUGCAUACAAUGCGUAUCCAUCCCUGCGCAGCAAUGAGAUACAUCUGCGCCUCCCUUGUUCCACUGCGGAGUGGUCUGCCAACACUGCGGCGGAAUGGGACGCUGCUCAGCGGGAGAGGGGUCCUCAGCAACUAUUCUUCCAAGAUGCAUUAACCCUUCUCUUGCAAAAGUCUCGAUCGGCAUCGCCUUUGAACCCUAUCCCAUCGCCCCUGGGCAACUAUAUUCUUUUACAUGGACUUCUGCAAAGAAUUCAUCUCGUCAGCGAGUUAUCAUUGCCAAACGGCAACCACUCAAGCCUUCCAACCGAAGAACUCAACAAACUAGAGUCAGUAUCCCCAACCACCCAGCUCCGAAAGACAAUUACUUACAGAUGCAAUUACAGACGAGCUCUUCGCUCGUGGACGUCAGUCUGGCAACAAGCCCCAGAAUCCAGCCUCGACCCGCACAACGCAAAUGGCCCAAUACCAUUUACCUCCAGCGCAUUCUUAGGCCUAGCUUAUGUCCGCCUCUCUCUCAACCUUGGCCCCCACCGUCGUCUUGAAACCCGUGAUCCAACCAUUAUAGCCACGGCCCUCCAUCGCUCGCCACGCCCGGAAAGAAGCUACCGCCUUAUCCCCGCUCUCAUCUACGCUGCGCACGCCCUAAGCAUACCGGUCCGAUUAGGUAUCGACCACAUCGCUCGCAGCCAGGCCUUCUUCUGGAGCGUGCGACAUUCCCUCGCCAGUAUCGAGUGUGCAGUACUACUCAGCAAAUGGCUGUUCACUUUGGCAGAGGCUGGCCCGGACCAGUCACUCAGUGAAAAUGAAUCUCGGAUCCUGCGCUGGACGCGGUGUAUUAUUGAAGAAGCAUACUCAUCCAUUGACACCGAGGACGGUGAGGCCCCGCGUGAUCUGGAGCCUGCUUCGCUGGGCCUGGCAGUCCUCAAGCUGUGGGCUAGGCUGUUUGGGACGAAUUCUCAAUGGCCGUUUAUUAAUGUUCUUGGACAAAGUUUGGAACAGUACAUAACUAUGAUUCGAUGCUAA